AUGCAGAAGACGGUGUGGGUAAAUCCCGCUACCCUGGGCAAGCGGAAAGGGGCUGGUGGUCAUGAUCGGGAUGUGCGAAUGAAGGAUAAAGAGGAGGAGGGCGGAUCGAAGAGGGGGGUGGUCCUGGCGCUGCCUGCCUCCGAGAAGUCAUCGGGGACGAGGCCUGAGAAGCAGCAGGAGAAAGUGGCGCUGCCUUCAGUGCAGGGGAAGGGGACAAAGGCUGAGGUUCCUAGAGGGGAAGCCAGGAUAUCGAAGGCGGGGGCGGUAGGGGAUCGAGGAGCAGGGGCGGAGGAUGCUAAAUCGAGAACAGGCGGGGCGGCAGAGGAUCGUGGAAAGCAGGGAGUGGGGGUCCCGAAGGCUGGGGGUGGAUCGAAGGAAGGGAAGGGGAAGCAGGUGGUCCAACCUAAUCUGGGAAAGGUAAAGAUUGAUCAUAAAUCCACAGCUGGUGGGCACGGUUCUCUCUCGAAACCGAAAGUUGUCCUGAAGGUGCGGGGGGAAGUGCUCAAAAAGGAGUCGGGUGAGGGGAAGGGGGUUGGAGGGGAUCAGUUGGCUGGUGGGGCGAAGGAAGCUAGAAAGGAAGGGAACCAGGGACUGGACAGCAUGGGCGGGAGGAAGGAGGGACUUGCGAAGGGAGCUGACGAGAGUGGGGAAGGGGUUGCCAAGCAGGCAGGCAUUGCAGCGGCGAUCGGGGGUGGUAACAAGGGUCUGGCGCAGUCUUCAGAUUCCACACCCUCGGGUCAACAGGUGGCUUUCCGGAUGACGGCUCAUUCGGAGGAGGAGAUGGGGGACAGGAAACGAUCGGCGGAUCUUGUAGAGGAUCUGGCGAAAGAUCCCACUCCGGUGAAGAAAUUAUGCCUGGAUGAUCCGGUGGACGAGGCGCUGCCUCAUGUGGUUCCGAUUGGGGACGAAACUGAUGGAAUUAAUGGUGAAUUUGUACAGGUGGAGGAAGCCGGCCUUGAGCGGCCCCAUCUAGCCAAAUGA